AUGGAACCUAAAAGUACUGAACCUGCAGAACUGCAAACUGAGAAAGAUAAAAGGUGGAACCUUUGGAAUGAUGAAGCUGCUCCGCGAGCUCAAUCUCAUCUAUGUCAUGUGCACAAGAAUUUGCGCAAAUCCCCCGCCGAUAUAGGGCAAAUGCAAAUGCUCAAAAUUUUGAGAGCCGAAAAGGCCAACACGUCGAAUGGCUACCUUCAGGUUGAAGUGCUGGCAGGGAUCAAGCUCCCAACAAGUUUGAAGGUGCUGACCACUUCAUCUGCGGUGGCUAACCUUGCAGAGUUGCUUGAGCUACGAGAACUCAAACUCGAUCGGUGCAAGUCGAGGAUCGUGUGA